CCCAGCUGUGAUAUAUGCUUAUGACAUCCUCCUUGAAGAAAUCGUGUGUAAAUAGUUAAUAGCUAAUUCCUUUUUAACAACUUCAUUAAACUCAAUUAUUUAUUUUGCUAUAACAAGUACAGAAGGUAUAAUGAAGAGUCUAUCAUUCAGCCGCUUUUUAAAUUCAAGAAACUGCUAUCGGCCGACGCUUAUAAGGUCUUUUAGCGAUAAUAACGAUAAUAGAACAGAACAUCCUCAUCCAAUUCAGCGCACAUUUAAACUUCUCCGGAACGAUAUGCGUAAAAUCAAAAAAUUUUUGACUCCCUCAAUUAAACAACAUGAGGAGGUUGAGGAGGAAAAAACGCAUGUGGGAAUUCCUGAUGAAAAUGAGUUCCAGACACAUUGUGAUGUUCUAGUAAUUGGGGGAGGAGGUGUUGGAGCUUCUAUAGCGUACUGGUUAAAAAAAAAAGCCCGCGAUGGACUAAAUGUUGUUGUUAUUGAACGUGACUAUCCUCUUUUAAAUAACAAGGCUUGUUUAACGCUACCUGUGGGUGGCUUGCAUCAGCAGUUUCUUUUGCCUGAAAAUAUUGAAAUGGCUCUUUACGCAGCAGAGUUUAUGAGGAAUUCAAAAGAGAAGUUGGGCGUUGAUGUAAACUUUGACCCACAAGGAUUUCUUACCUUGGCUUCUGAGGAAAACGCGGAAACUCUAAAAAGAAUGUCGCAGAUACAAAAUGAAUUUGGGGCUCGGACUGAUGUUCUAACCCCAGAGCGUCUCAAAGUAAAAUAUCCCUGGCUAAACGUGGAAGAUGUAGCCCUUGGGUGUCAAGGACUCGAAAAACAUGGUUGGUUUGAUGCAAACAAUUUGUUAUUUGGCUUAAGAAGUAGAGCCAGCGAAUAUGGUGCACAUUUUAUAAAAGCGGAAUUAAUAGAUUUUGAAUUUCAAAGUGACACAGAUGUUGUUGUGGAAAGUGGAACCACAGUAAAUACGUACCGAGCUUUGGAUAAAGCAAUAGUAAAAACUCCCAAUGGCGAUACGCGCACUAUAAAAUUUGCGAUUUGCGUACUUGCUGCUGGAUCUAAUUCCGAGCAAAUUGCUCGAUUGGCUAAAAUUGGCACAGGUCCUGGCAUUUUAAAAGUUCCACUACCAAUUCAACGCCGCAACUGUUGUAGUCAUAUUUUAAGUACUGAUGCCAUUAACACACCAGGUCUGGGAACCCCAUGUAUAGUUGAUUUGAAUGGUUUAUAUUUUCGAAGAGAAGGAUUAACUGGUAACUAUAUUGCCGGACUUACCAAUUGCACAGAUUCAAAUAAUGAAAAUGUACCUGAACAAAACCAUUUUGAAAACAAUGUUCUGCAACAUUUAAUGCAUAGAAUGAAAACAUUUAAGAAGCCACAGGUCAUCGAAACUUGGGAAAGUUUUUAUGAAUACAACGUUUUUGAUGAAAAUGGUAUUCUCGGGCCACAUUCUUAUUACAAUAAUCUUUACAUUGCGACUGGAUUUUCUGCUCUAGGCCUACAGCAAUCGCCUGCAGUAGGAAGAGCUAUUUCUGAACUAAUAAUAGACGGACAGUUUCGAACAAUAGAUUUAACGAGGUUUGGUUUUGAUAGAAUCAUUCUAGAUCAACCGAUAUUCGAAUAUGCCUUUAUGUAACUUAUUCAUAUUUUGUAUCUAUGUAUAUAUCAUACAUACAUAUGUAUGUAUAUCAUAACCUUGUUUAUAGUCGAAAAACGAUCCAGUGUUCAAUGCUACUUUAUGUAUAAUGCGUAUAAAAAAUUAAUUCAUUUCUUUAAAUAUAAUAUAUUAAUUGGAUACUUUGUAUUAUGGGAAAUAUGAAUAGAUACAUACGUAGAUAAGGAAAAACCUCCCAUGAAAGCCAACAAAAUUGUUUAAAACCAUUUUAAAAGGCAAUAAAACUAAUAUGUCAGUAAGCUGAUAUUCGAAAAUACAUUACUGUUAUUAAAACGCAGAAGAAGAAAAGUGACAUUGUAAUCGAAUUUUAUAACACGUAAAAAUGAAGUCGCCAUAGCAGUGCAGUCUGCCAAGUAAAAUAUCCCACUAAAACCCAUCUGUUCAGAGGUGGCAUACAACUCUAGACGCUUUGAUUUGUGUGAAGAUGUACACACUACGAUAUUAUAAUAUUAUCAUUGUUGUAACAGUUUCCAAAUUAUAAUAAGAGCAAAUGUAAACAAGAUUCUAUAUUAAGGUUAAAAAACAAGUGUAGGGCGCAAAUGAACGCAUUUUUAAUUUUCAAACUUCAAUUUUCUUAUAAAAAUCAAGAAAAUUAAAUGAAAUCCGAUUAUGUCUAGACUUAUGAGGAUCCGAUGUUAGGAUUAUUAAUGUUAUAGCCACUUACCAAGCCCUGUCUUGUUCAUUUUGCCCAUUAAUUCUCAUCGCCUAUUUCAAAAGCGUAAAACAAAAGCACAAAAUACGAUCAUUGGUAUUGGAGUUAAGUUGUUUAAAGCGGUAGUAAUUUCUUGUUCAUUUUGUCCAUUAAUUCUCAUCUUCGUUGUUGUCCAAUGGUAAACCUAAGCAGUUUACUAUUCCAAAAAACGUAAGACCAAAGAACAGAAUACGGUCAUUGGUAUUUUGGAUGGUAUAAUAUCGCCCAUUAGACUAGUUAUUUUUAAGUCAAUUACAUUUAAUAUAUUCAAUAAAAAUACACAAUGUGAUUGCAUUCAAAUAAACACAGAGAAUUAAUUCAAAGCUCCACACAUACAUAUGUAUUUUCAUUUGAACUGUCCCGGAGUCGGACCAAACAAUCCGCCACCCUGUUUGCUUGCUGCUCUUGAAGGUGCGAAUCCCAACAACUUUUGAAUAUUCUGCCUUAUGGACAUAGUACAAAGAAUGUAAAGGAAGAUGAAGGAACAAUCGGUAUAAUCAUCGCCUGAUAGGUUCCUAUGGCUCAAACCUUGUAUC